GGUUGCCACUAUUGGGAAUGAGAAUAUAUUUGCAUGGAAGAUCUAGUGUUUUCCUGUUAUUGCACACUUGGCAAGCUCGUAUGGAAUUUCACUUUGAAACUGCCAUGAACAUUCUUCCAAUGACCCCUUGAACACUAUUCGCUUUAGAGGGAUAAAGGCGUUUUACACAAUUGUUUAGCAAUUAAUUUAAUUUCCCACAUCCUAAUCCACUUCUCGAAGUGCUUCUUAUUACAGUUCAUUCUCUUCUCUCUUUAAUUAUUUAAUACGACAUCUAAACUAUCACAAGUUCAAAUGUAUAUUCGAUUCCUUUUCGUGCUUGUUCAAUUUCUGGGGUCUGCCACGUCUCGGCCAAAUGUCGUGGGACAAGGCUACAGACCAGCUGCAUUUCAAGGUCCUACAACUCCCAGAAAUGUUGAUACCUUCUUCACAUUAACUGCUGGUAUCAAUAGUCGGAAUGGUGACCUUUCAGGCAUAGCUCCGGCCAAUCCGCUUCAGAAGGGACACGAUUGGUACACUGAUUUAAUAGUUGAAGGAAAAACAUAUCCUGUUGUUAUCGAUACAGGCAGUAGCGAUACAUGGAUCGUGAAACCUAACUUCACAUGUUUAGACUAUGGUACUGGAGCACCAACUUCGCAAAGUGUUUGCUUAUUUGGCCCAGGGUAUCCCCCCGGCUCAGGCUUCAAGCGUAUCCCAAACCAACAUUUCAAUACUACAUAUGCAAGUGGGGAGAAUUUGAAGGGAACAUUUGGCUUUGUGGAUGUAACUUUGGGUGGUAUUUCCGUUAUUGCUCAAAUCGCAACUGUUGAUACAGCUGCUUGGCUUGGCGAUGGUACUACAAGUGGCUUAUUGGGUCUCGCAUAUCCGUCUAUCACCGCGGCAUUCAAUGGUACCACCUUUGAAAAUGACAAUGCGGAAACUCAACUUCCCUAUGACCCUAUAUUUACGACUAUGUACAAAAAGCAUCUCAUACCCCCUAUCUUCAGCCUCGCUUUGAGCAGGCCCUCAAAUCGCAUCGGCCAUGGCAAUGGAUAUCUAGCUUUAGGUGGCUUGCCUCCCAUUGCCUCCCAUGGAGCUUGGGCAGUGGCGCCAAUUCAGAUUGUCGCCAUCGGAGAAGGAUAUAUACAGGGGGCUCUUCCAUGGCCACAGCAUCAAGUCUACACACUCACACCAGACAAUUUCAUCUAUCCUGGUAGUCAACGUCAAAAAUGGAACCCCAAACACUGGUCCCCACUAUCCAUGCCCAGCAGCAGCUCCCAAGUUCAACUCUUCAUCGACUCAGGCACUACCCUCAUUUUCCUCCCUAAUACCAUCUCCUCCGCUCUCGCGGCACUAUACAAGCCGCCUGCCGUAUACAAUGCAGAUCUGUUUGCCUACUCUGUGCCAUGCAAUGCUAAGGUGCCGUAUUUUGCUGUCGUUAUUGGCGGCGUGUCGUUUCCUGUCGAUCCAAGGGAUAUGGUACAGGAUGAUAACACGGGUACGGGGAACUGCGUAGCGGGCGUGAGUGAUGGAGAUCCAUUUGACUUUUAUACGCUUGGAGAUGUGUUUUUGAAGAACGUGGUGGUUGUUUUUGAUGUGGGGGCUUCCCAGUUAAAAUUCAGGAGUAGAAAUUUCUAUUGACUUGUAUUGCUUGGUGACCUUUUGAUCAUGCUAUUAGUCGUCUUGCGGAAACGACGCAUGGGUCCAUAAUAUUCUGGAAUUUUUUUUUUGGAAUUGGUGGAUUUUAUAUCGCUCGUCCGAAAUUUUGGUCAGUCUUGGUUUUGCAUAGCACGUAAUCUUAUCAUAUGCCAUAUUAGUUCCUCGGAAGCUUUUUUUUUUGUACGGCUGCAAAAGUUCUAUUGACCCUCGUCGUCUGAAGUCAUGUUUCUUGUCAAAUUUUGUCUGUCUCAGUAACACUACUUCAUCAGACAAGACGUCUUUGAUUGUACGUCUUCAUAAUCUAGUAGCUUUCCAUCUGAACUUCUGAUCCGCCAAGUUUGUCUUCAGUUGUACCGCAACUAUUCAUCUUUUUGUUCAAAAUUUUCUGAUUGUGCUUCAGCAAGAAUGUCGGACGGCUUUAUUUGUAGUAUUGUAAUGUUUGAAUGCUAGGCGUUCGGCUGUGUAUAACCAGUAGCUGUCUUUGUUGAAUUAUACGAUAUUUUGGGAUACAGAUUACCACUUUCCUAGGAAGAAUGCCCGCUAGUACCGAGUGGAAAAGAACGUUUCCCCCUCAUACUCUAUUGAUUUGUGACUAGAAGAAUGUCCGCAGAUGCCCAAUGUCUUCUGAACAUGUAUGUAUCUUUAUUUAGCUCUCUAGCUCUGCUUCACUGUAGGCUUCUGUGAUGAUACAUGACUGCUUCACACACAUAUAUAUGUAUAUAUAUAUAUUUCUCUUUGGAAAGCUGGCCGAUUUAAAAGCUGACUUCAAAAACCCAGCCAGCAUGUUAAAUAAAAGUCCA